UGACUGACUGACUACUGACUGCUGACUGCGGCACUGCUGUGUACUGUUCUCGUGAACCCGUCUUUUAGGCUAGGCUAGCUAGGCUAUAAAAAGCCUAUUCAUGUGCAGUGUUGUGUUGAAGUUGAACUGAAUUACGUCGUGUUGAUCUGUCGUGUGAGAUCUCUACAGAGUGAAGGGGUGCUUGAAGCUAAAACCCGGAUAUAAUAUCAAAUUCUUUUCAGAGAACCUGUGCGACUGUGACCUGUUUCCCGGGGUGUUGGGAGGCUUCUUAAAUAAAUGACAAAUUAAUAUCGGAUAAUAUUAACAUUUGAAAAUCUGUUCCGAAUUGAAAGGAACUGCAGACACUUGUUCAGUUGGUUGGCGGAUCAAGAUUGAUUUACCCCAAGAUUUGUCAAACUCGUUCUACUUGGCCUAACUCUAGAUUUAAAUCUAGAAUCUAGAUUUCUAGAUCACUUUAAACCAAAAAUUAGGUCUCCGCCUUCGCGAUUCGUGACAUUGCCUUUCACUUUGGCCUUAUAAUUUCGUUUCCUCCAACAUGGCAAGAUUUAUAAUGUCAGUUUCAAUCCUUGUCCCCUUCCUCUUGGCCUUUUCAUUGAAUACCAAGGCUCAAGUAACAGUAGGCGAAGGUGAUGCAGCGCCAGGAGGAGCAACUGCCAAUGUGACUCUACAAGACCCAGAUCCUUGUGCUGCUUUCCUUUUUCAAGAAGAAUGCUGCACCAACGAGACAGCUCAAGCCAGUAACUGCUCCUUUUGUAAUCUGACAGCAGAGGGAUCUACGCAGUCAAACUGUUCUUCAUCCUGUGAGGCCUCAGCAAAGGAUCUUUGCUUGGUUCCUGAACCAGUUGUAGGGUGCUCAAGUUUCAAUGAAACACAAGCCUGCUGCUCCGCCAACUGUUCUUUCUGUGUGACCGAGGGGGGAGCUGGAGUCUGUAAUGACCAAGGUACCUGUGAUGAUCCAACUUCAGAUAACUGCACUGCCCCUGUGCUGACAACCCCUGCCAGUCCAACUGAAGGCAACACCACGAUUGUGACCACUACGACCGCCAACUCUACCGCUGAGACGACAUCGACCCAGAGCACUGGGGGAGAUUCCGGCGGCCAGAAGUUUGACGGAGCUUCCUUCAUCGGCGGCAUCAUCCUCUGUGGGGGCGUGGUCGCCCUCAUCUUUUUCGGCAUCAAGUUUUACAAGGCACGCAAAGAGCAAAACUAUCAUACUCUGUAAUCAUGUACUGAUGGAGCUUUUUUUUGGUGAAAAAAUUGUUUUUCCUUUAUUCCUUUGUAAUUUAGCCUGUCUUGUUUAAGAUUGGUACAGAUAUUUGUUAUUGUUUCUUUCAGUAUUUUAGUCGCCAUCAUGGUAUGGAUGAGUGCCUUCACGAGUAGCUCCCCCUUGCAUAAAUAAUAUGAAUAUUCUUUUCUGUUUUUUUUAGAUUUAGUCUGGAAUGUAUGCUCUUAAGGAUUGUUCUUUGUAGUUGGUUAGUGCUUCGCGAUGUUAGUGUACGCAAACUGAAGAAAUAUUUUUGUCACGUCCUGUGUCUUGUGCUGUGAAUAGCUGCUCUGACAUAGUUGUAUGGCCUUUAUCUUGUUUUUUCCGUUAUUCCAAUAGAGUCAAAACUCUCCCGUUUACCCUGACAGACAAGAUGGAAGAUACUUGUGUCGUUUCGGGCAUGAAAACACCUACGUUUAAAAGAAUGUUUUUAAAAAAAACAUUUGCACCCUGUCCUGUACUACUUGACUUUCGAUGUAGUUUGGAAACCGCUGUUGAAACCUGUACUAAUGCCUUCAUGUACAUGAGGUGACAUCAGUUCCCGGUUACUGUGUUGACUGAUGACUGUUUGUUCACUAUUGCUUGUGAUGUUUUUGAUUUGUACUUAGCAUUGGUGUCGGAGACUUAUCAUUCUUGUUUCUACUUAGUGACUUGGUCUUUCUUCGUAUUCCCUCCUUUUCUGGUGGGUCUAAUAAAGGGGGGUCUUAAACUCAAGGCCCGCAGGAUAAUAUUUUGCCGCAUCUAUUUGACACUUAUGUUUAGUAUUACUGUGGCUCACCUGUUUUUCUCUCACAUACCUCUUUCCCAAGAAGUUUAUGAUCUGAAGAACUGUUCAUUUUCUAAACUGCUGUUAAUAAAGCUUGAAAAGAUCAAUUCAUGGCACUUCAAAAAACUGCAUGAAGCCUUUAUUUGUGUGGAGUACACGAUGCUGUCCAAACACACCCGACUCUCUCCUGCGUCCCCCACGGGUAAUUUCCCGAGUUUGAGAUCUCUUGUCUAAUGUGUUACAAAGCUGCUGCCAACCAGUACAUUAUAUAACGUAUAAAUUUAAUACGCUUUUGAGCGUCUGAGUAUGGAAGUCCAUUUUCACAUGGAAAUAUAUUCUCUAUUUACUAGAGUUGCUCUUCACGUACUUGCUGAUGCUGAUAAAAAAAUGUGGACCUUCAGGAUCGAAUUUGUGAGUGAAAAUAAGAGCAAAGUCCAUAAAUCAAUUGGAAAGAUCCUUUAUGUAGGUCUACUUCGAGCAGCUUGAAUUUAUUGAAUGCCAGAAAUUGUGUUUGAAGGAUUUGGAGGGCGGUUACUUGGCCUAUGCCCACCAUAUUGACCCACAUUGGGGUAGAAUCUGGUGGGGGGGUUUUUUGGUUUUGGAAAGUUGGCAGCUAUGGUAUUGUGAUAGUAGGGCCUCAUUUGGUGCUUUGAUCUGUGGUGUAUCGGUCAGGACCAGACUGGAAAAGCCCAAGGAGAAAAGUGUUCAUGAUGUGAGACAGAGCGGGUUGUUGUUCUAGCUUUCUCCGCAGUUUUUAUAUCUAUGAUUGGUUUGAGAACUCUGGAAUUUCUCUUGAUUGUUGAAAGAAUGUUUUUCUUCCUUUUUGAAGGUCUUAAAACAAAUGCCUUUGAAAUUGUUCAAACCACUGGCUCUAUUGAUUGCCGUGGUGUGUUUUCUGUUCUUGAAGGAAACAGCAGGGUCCAUAUUCCAUUGAUGCCUUUUGAAGUUUUUUAAGCAAAGGUAUGGAAAUAGUACUUACAUGAUAUUUGCUAUUGUUUUUUUUUGUUUUUUCUGUCUUUAAAGGUUGUGUUCAUGUCUUCAUUUGCUAUGGUCUUUUUUUGUCUGUCCACACAGUUUGAUCAAAUCUGUUGUUUCAUCUGCGCACGUGUCAAGUUGAUUAGAUCCUAUCAGAGAUAGUUUUUUUUUUUUUUUUUUGUCUGAAACUACACACCUCUGUUAGAUUCUUGUUAUCAGAACUUGUUAACUUCUCUGUGUUGAAGAGGUUGUUUAACCUGGAACAUAUGAUACCAGAUCUCAAUACGUUUGUGCACACUGUAUUUGUUUCAGAGCUGGUAAACACUGGAUAUACCUGCACAGUGCUAAUAGAAUCUAAACAAAUAAAUGUGUGCUCACGCUUGUGUUUAUUGAAAAGAUUACAGGCUCUUUUGUAAUACAUUUAAAAUAAGGUGCAAUAUCUUUCAAUGUUUAGAGUUGGUAUGCAAUUUUUCGGGGUACUUUGUGAGGAGGAUGGAAUCCCUCAGUGGUAUUUGAUCUGUGCUAAAUGAAGGUUCUACUUCUUUACUCUCCCUCCGUUGGGUGUCUGUCAGUUUUACCCUUCUUAUCAUUAAACUGAUAUUGUAUGGUUGUUUUUCUUUUCUUGCGGGUGGUUAGAGGGCAUCACAGUAAGGUGUGUUUCUGCCUGUCUUGCUUUUUCCCUGCACUAUAGGACCGUUGUAGUGUCUAUGCGCUUUUCUUUACCCAUACUCGAGCACUUCUUUUCUCACACACUAAACUAAAGACACUUUGAUUCAUCCAUUAUGUGUUUGUAGCAGCGAGUUUGUGUACUUUAUAUUUUAAAUGACAGGCGGUCAGGUAUUGACAUUUGUUGAUUUCCACUAUUUAUCGACGUUUUCACAUUCCGCGUCUUAGUGCCUUCCGGUGCAGUUUGUCUGAAUGGAAAGGGGCAGAAAUAAGCAUAAGACUGCCGCCAUUUUUGUGAUAUGUCAAGCAUGGUCCUUUUCGCUAUUAUCUAAAUUUUGUCAAUGGGGGUAUGUUUUUUAGUUUCUGUUUUGCUACAUUUUUACUGUUCUGAAUACUCUGAUGUAAGUUUCGGAUUUUAUUAAGGAAGGGUCGUGUGUUAUUGAAGGUAAGCAAAAAAAAA